AUGGUGAAGCUGGUGGAGAUGAUUGAAUUCCGCCAUGAAUUACCAUCAUCACCUUGCGAAUACCAUCAAUCUUGUGAGCAUCUUCAUACGGUCGAUGGGGUUGUCAUAUACAAGGAUCGAAUUGUGAUUCCCCCAUUACUACGACAGGAUGUCCUGACUGCACUCCACUCCGCUCACCAAGGCGUGUCAUCGAUGAUGGCAAGAGCUGAAGCAUCUGUCUUCUGGCCUGGAAUCACUCCAGCUAUCACAGCCCUCAGAAACGAUUGCAAUCACCGCAACCGUAUGGCCCCCUCCCAACCUUGUGGCCCACCCACGCCACCUGUCUACCCAGUCUACCCAUUUCAACCUGUGCGUGCUGACUUUUUCCAUUACAAAGGGAUCAACUACUUAGUGGUUGUUGACAGAUACUCCAACUGGCCUAUAGUUGAAAGAACCUCCAGUGGUGCACCUGGCCUGAUUGAUUAUCUAUGCCGAACAUUUGUCACCUUUGGCAUCCCAGAUGAGCUAUCCUCUGAUGGUGGCCCUGAAUUCACAGCCUCAGCUACCAGAGAGUUCAUUCAAACAUGGGGUGUGCAUCAUCGCCUGUCAUCUGUUGCCUUCCCACAAAGCAAUUGUCGAGCAGAGGCUUGUGUCAAGACUGUCAAAAGAUUGAUAACAAACAACACUCAACCUAAUGGGGAACUUGACACCGAGGCCUUCCAAUGUGCAAUGCUACAAUACAGGAACACUCCAGACAGAGACACCAAGUUAUACCCUGCGAUGUGCGUCUUCGGUAGACCCAUAAAGGACUUUAUACCCAUAGUAUCUGGUCGCUAUAAACCACAUGACACAUGGCACGAUACCCUUUCCAUGAGAGAGGAUGCUUUGAGAAACCGACAUAUGAGGACGGCUGAACGGCUUACUGAGCACACCAAACAGCUACCACCCCUUGUUGUUGGGAAUCUCGUCCGAAUCCAGAGCAAACAGGUCCUCACCCACUGA